AUGGCGGCUGUGGUAGCAGCUACACUCGCCGCCGGGGGUGAGGAAUCGGUGGCCACGACCUCUGUUUCGGGGUCUCCGGGACUGCCUGGGAGCCGCAGUGCAGAGCGGGCCCUAGAGGAGGCCGUGGCCACCGGGACCCUGAACCUAUCGAACCGGCGCUUGAAGCAGUUUCCGCGGGGCGCGGCCCGCAGCUACGACCUGUCAGACAUCACCCAGGCUGACCUGUCCCGCAACCGGUUUCCCGAGGUCCCGGAAGCAGCAUGCCAGCUGGUGUCCCUGGAGGGCCUGAGCCUCUAUCACAAUUGCCUGAGAUGCCUGAACCCAGCCUUGGGGAAUCUCACUGCCCUCAGCUACCUCAACCUCAGCCGAAACCAGUUGUCAUCGCUGCCACCCUACAUCUGCCAGCUGCCCCUGCGGGUGCUUAUUAUCAGCAACAACAAGCUAGGAGCCCUGCCUCCUGACAUCGGGGCCUUGGGAAGCCUACGGCAGCUUGAUGUGAGCAGCAAUGAGUUGCAGUCUCUCCCUCCAGAGCUGUGUAGCCUGCCUUCCCUUCGGGAUCUCAAUGUUCGGAGGAACCAGCUUAGCAUCUUGCCUGAUGAGCUGGGGGCCCUUCCUCUUGUCCGCCUGGAUUUCUCCUGUAACCGUGUGUCCCGAAUCCCAGUCUCCUUCUGCCACCUCAGGCACCUGCAGGUCAUUCUGUUGGACAGCAACCCCCUGCAGAGCCCCCCUGCCCAGAUCUGCUUGAAAGGGAAACUGCACAUCUUCAAGUACUUGUCAACAGAGACUGGGCGGCGCGGGGGGUCUGCACUGGGGGACCUGGCCCCGUCUCGCCCCCCAAGUUUCAGCCCCUGCCCAGCUGAGGAUUUAUUUCCGGGACGUCGGUACAAUGGGGGACUGGACUCAGGCUUCCACAGUGUUGAUAGCGGCAGCAAGCGGUGGUCUGGGAAUGAGUCAACAGAUGAAUUUUCGGAGUUGUCAUUUCGGAUCUCAGAGCUGGCCCGGGAGCCUCGGGGACCCCGGGAACGGAGGGAGGAUGGCAUCGCCGAUGGAGACCCUGAGCAGAUCGACUUCAUUGACAGCCAUGUGCCUGGGGAGGAGGAAGACCCAGGGGCUGCAGAGGAGCAGCGGCCUCCAGAAUUAAGCCCUGCAGCAGGAGAUGGGGAGAGGGCACCAAGCAGCAGACGGGAGGAGCCAGCGGGGGAGGAACGGCGACGUCCAGACACUUUGCAGCUAUGGCAGGAGCGUGAGCGGCGUCAGCAACAGCAGCAGAGUGCACUGUUGGGGAGCCCCAGGAAGGACAGUUUUCUGAAGCUGGGGAUCCGGGUUGCUGGGGGAGGUGCUGCUGCCCCGCCCACUCAGGCCACCUCCAAGUAUGUGGACUCCCAGAGCCCCUCCUGAAUGGGUGCCACAGGGGGGCAGGGAGCUCCUGUCUCCACCCCCAUCUCCCAGGAGACUCUUCCUAGAGCUGGACCAGCCACAGCGCCUGCUCCCCAGCCACUGGGCUCCAUUCAGAGACCGAACAGCUUCCUCUUCCGCUCGUCCACUCAGGGCAGCUCAGGCCCUUCUUCACCAGACUCCCUCUCGAGAUCUCGGCGGCCCCUCCAGGUUCUGGAUGAGAAGGAACUGAUGGCUCAGCUGCGCCAGGUUCUUGAGUCACAGCUGCAGCGGCCCCUGCCUGAGGACUUGGCGGAAGCUCUGGCCAACGGGGUCAUUCUCUGUCAGCUGGCCAACCAGCUCCGGCCCCGCUCUGUGCCCUUCAUUCAUGUGCCCUCGCCUGCUGUGCCAAAACUCAGUGCCCUCAAGUCUCGGAAGAACGUGGAAAGUUUUUUAGAAGCCUGUCGGAAAAUGGGGGUGCCCGAGGAGUCCCUGUGCCAGUCCCAUCACAUCCUGGACGAGGAGGGGGCCCCAGGAAGGGGUCUCCCCUACAUCGCUGCUGUGGUCCAUGCACUGCUGGAACGGCCUUAG